UACGUGUCUAGCCAAAUACAAGGGUCAAGGAGGAAUCACCUUCCAAAAAAUGACUAAAAUAUGGUUAAUGAUAUUUUAACCACCGAAUUGGCCAUAUUAAAGUAUUACCAAAAACAAGAAAAGGAUUUAGCCAUUUUCAAACAAACUUAAGUACGAUUUUGCUUGGAAAUAAAUUAAGUAAUGGAUAGAAAUAGAUACUUUACCCAAAAAAUACAUGCAUAAUGGGAAUAGUUAUCCAAAUCUACUCCCACAGUCCCACUCAACGGCUUCCCUUAACAAAGACUACACACAGGAGUAAUAGUCUGCCCAAUUAGUUACUGUGCAUCUUUAUUUCGCAGUGGAGUCAACCCUACUCGGCUCCAUUUUACACCCAACAUUUCCCUCAUUUUCACCAGCCGUCCCACGCUACGUCCCUAUAAAUAUUCUCUUCUCUGCUUUCUUACACCACUCCCAAACCCCUAUUUCAUAGGAUUCCUCGAACUCUGUUAUUUUUGAAAUUUUCAUGGCACCCAUCCCUUUCUUAUCACUUCUUUUGCUCUUCUCAUUAACUUUCCCAUCUUCUUCCUCAGCCUUCGAACAACAACCCCUCCUUAAAUACCAUCAUGGUCCUCUUCUUAAGGGUAAUAUUACUGUUAAUCUCGUUUGGUAUGGGAAGUUCUCAUCUACGCAGCGUUCCAUAAUCGUCGACUUUUUGAACUCUCUCAGCAACCCCAAGACGACGUCACCCCCAUCUGUCUCCUCCUGGUGGCGAAUGACUGCCAAAUACAGGGGAGGUUCCAGCAGCGUCGUUGUAGGGAAGCAAACUCUCGAUGACAAGUACUCUUUAGGCAAAGCUCUUAAAACUUCCCAACUCGAAGUUUUGGCUUUCAAAUAUGGAUAUGGAGAUGGUAAAGCGGUCAACGUUGUUCUGACUUCCGCUGACGUGGCGGUCGAUGGUUUCUGCAUGAGCCGGUGCGGUACGCAUGGUUCGGUUCAGGUUAAGAAGAGCAGGUUCCCUUACGCUUGGGUAGGUAACUCGGUGAGUCAGUGUCCUGGUUAUUGCGCGUGGCCGUUUCAUCAACCCGUGUAUGGGCCGCAAACUCCACCCUUGGUUGCUCCUAACGGAGACGUAGGGGUGGACGGAAUGGUGAUCAACUUGGCAACGGUUUUGGCGGGAACCGUGGUGAACCCGUACAACAACGGGUACUUUCAAGGGCCGGCAGAGGCACCACUGGAGGCGGUGAGCGCUUGUACGGGGAUAUUCGGGAAAGGAGCUUUCCCGGGGUAUCCGGGAAAGGUUUUGAUGGGCAAAACGACGGGGGCCAGCUAUAACGCAGUUGGGGUUAACGGGCGUAAGUAUUUGCUCCCAGCGAUGUGGGAUCCUCAGACCUCGACAUGCAAAACUCUGUUAUGAAGCAAACAAAACUGAGAAUAGGAACGAAGGACAUCCUAAUGUUAUUACGUAUCUAUAUCAUGAACUCCAUCCGUUAUUGUUCUGUACAAACACAGUUUGUAAAAAUAUUGUAAUAAAUUUGUACGUGAUGCAUCAUUUCAAUUAAAUUUUGUAAAAUCUAUGUUCCAUUUUUAAUUUUAAAUGGGGGCCACUCAAGGGCCAUACCUAAUAAAUAUUCGGGCUUAGAAAGA